ACGUUUUCAGUUGAUCCGAAGCCGUGACGGCGUGCAUGUUACACUUGCCACUUCAGUGUAAGUGACGAUACGCGGCCGAGAGCGCGCGGAUUUCGCCACCGCGCUUCGCCAAAUUCGACCACCACCACCACCACCAGUAAAAAACCGACGACGAAUUCAAUCGGAAGUUAACUGAAUGUCUAUCAAAAUGCAAACGAAGCCAAAAACGCCAAUGUGAAUCAUCUUACCGCGUGUUUAAAACUCAACUUUUUCCCCAGUGCUCUCUCUCAACCCUUUAAAUUGAAAACUUCACCGCGAAACUGCGCUAAACUGCAAUUUUAAUUUAGUUUCGUGUCGCUUGAAUGCUUGUGCAGUGUGUUCCGCCUGGUUUACUCCCGCUUUGGUGGGCCUGAACGCCGCCGCACGGCGACGGAACUAAUAAAAGUGCAUCGUUAAAACACAAGCCGCAAAAUAUAGUUGCGCUUAAAGUUUUUUAAUUAAAACGUGUGGUGCAUUCAACCGCGCGACCAACCAGCUACGACGACGACGACCGGCGAAGAUAAAUAAAAUGUAUAUUCUCCGGCGAGGAUUUCUCUACUUGCUCCUGCUGCUAGGCUCAUGCUGUUUGGCGAACAUCGAUCGCCUGGAAUUGGUAAUGCCCAGGUAUGCAGUGCGCGGCGGCGAUGUCCUGCUCAAAUGCGAGCACAGCGUCACCCCGGAGGAAUUAUACAAAGUCGAGUGGCAGAAGGCCGGCACAAAGAUCUUCCAAUACAUUAAGGACCGCAAGCCGCCGUACCGAUACUUUCCAAUGGACGGCGCCGAGCUGAACAAGGCAAACAGCAGCGCGAAGCAGCUCCAUCUGACUCGGCUGACGUUCGCCGCCGGUGGGUCGUAUUCGUGCGUCGUUUCGAUGGAGACGCCGAUUUUCAGCAAGGACUCCGAGAGUCAAACGCUCACGAUAAUUGAGCCGCAGGAGAAAGACCCGAGCAUUACGUUCGACAAGAACACGUACCAAGUCGGGGACGUAUUGCAGGCCAACUGUACGACGGCGCCCGCCCGCCCACCGCCGCACAUUACGUGGCUAAUCAAUGGAGUGAAGGUGGACGAGUCGCUGACGCGCGCGUUCUCCAACGGAAGGAUACACGGCCACGGCUAUUAUGAGCACCGGUCGCCGUCGAUGAAACAAUUGUCCAUCGAGGUGUCGGAACUGCACGCCGGGGACAACGGCGAGCUAUGGCUGACGUGCAUGUCGACGAUUCCCGGCUACAUCGGACCCAAGGAGAAGUACGCCGACGAGCGUCGGCAUUCGAUCCGAAUCGAAGUUGUAAUGACCGAGAUACCAGCUGAGAUAAAAUCGUCCGACAACAAUCUCGUCGAAAACAUAACAUCGAACCGACAACCGCAAUUGCACCCGGAUCAUCGAUCGCACUUCCUGCUUAUUUCCGGCUGGCUGGUGUGCAACCUGCUCUUCAACGCGAAAACAUAAUCUCGAAUAAGUUAGGCUUGCAUUUUAUACACACUAUUACACCCACACAGCCACGUCGCAGUGACAACAAUUUGUAGAAACUUGUAAGCCCCGCACACGCAGAGCAGGGGCAUACACGAAAAUCUAUGAGCAUAAAAAUACACGCGCGAAACUUGCGCUUCGAAUCAAACUUCGCGAAGCAUGCAAAUUUCCAAACGCAAAGUCUAUGAAAAUAUUUGAAGAAAAAAAAAACACAGAAAAAAAUUAUGGAGAUAUAUUCUUGUAAAACGUAAAGAAUAACAGAGGAGAUAUUAAAAUUCGCGUCGCGCGACCAUCGCGCACCGAAUUCGCCGCUGUGGUGAGCGAGAGAUAAAUGUUUUAUAUUUAUUAACGACUUAUUACUAAAAAUGAUUGUCUGAAUUGACGUUCUUAUGAUAAAGAUAACUGAGCAUGAUAACGCAUUAUAAUAUAUUAAUGUAAGAAUACUAGUCGACGAUGUUGUUAAUGGUAAUCAUGGAUAAUUGAGUGUUUCCAUAAUAAUUUCAUGUAAAUAACCAGCGAGAUCUGCGAGCGGCAAGAAGGGGGAGAGAAAGAAGAUCCCUGCGACUCGAUACGAUGUAUUUAAAUAAAUCAGGUGUGAGUAAAACAUGAUUUAGUGCUUUCCACUUCAAAAUUCAAAGAAAAAAAUAACGUAAUAUGCUCUCUGAGAAGCCGUAGAGGGCGCGGAAGACGAUAGAACUAAGGCCAGAUUAUUUUCAUAAGCUUCAUAAGAAAUCCUGAAGAGUGAAACAUUGAAACUAUAUUUUUUGAAGCAAUACAUGAAUAAUUAUGCAUAAAUUAUCAAAAAACUUUUUGAAGUAUGAAAAGUGGCACUUUAAUCACGGACGACCAAAGCCGUGCUAAAGUACUAAAGUAAUAGUAUAUCAAGUAUCAAGUGGCUAAACGUGAGUUUUUGUCACGAGAUUGAUUAAGUGCCAGCGUAGCAAGCGUUUAAUCAAUCGAGUGUUUAACAACGUUUAGCCACAUGAUGCUUAAGCUAUUUUUUCUACUUUCACUCUAUUUCCACGUUGAGAUUUUGGAUUUAAACUUUUUUUAUUAAAUCUCGAAAAUUCGUUUGCCCACUACUGAGAAAUGCUCCACCCCGUGACUAAAGCCUGUGACUAAAGUACUUUAAUCACCGCUUUGGCUAUCAGUGUUUAAAAUACCACUUUUCGUAUCUAAAAACCGUGAAAAAACUAACACUUUAAAGGCAAAAGUAAAAAAUAAAUUAUUAAAUGUUUCAAAACAAUGUAGUUUCGACAUUUC